CACUAGCGAGCACAAGCAGCGCAAUCAUAUCAGGGCUUUUGAGCUAAAAGAGCUUCAGGCCGGAAAUCUAAUCACGUGGUAGUUGAUCAACAAUUGCUGCCGCUCCGCCGGCUAAGGCGUGAUGCUCGUGUCGCGGUGAUUUGUACAACGCCAUAGUCAAGCCCAAAGCGAACGCAUCAUCGCCAUGGGCGAUGCGGAGCAAGCGUUGCUGAAGAUGAGCCCCGUGGAGAACGCGGCGGUGGGCGUCGGCGCGGGCACCAUCGAGGUGAUCGCGCUGCAGCCGAUCCUCUACUGGAAGAACGCGACGCAGCAGGGCCUGCCGCUGUCGCUGAACCCGAGGAUGUUGUAUCGCGGCCUGAGUACGUCCGUGGUAAACAUGGCGACGCUCACGGGGCUCCAGUUCCCGCUGACGGGCGCCGUCGCGAAGGCGAUCACGGGCGGCGAGGAGCGCCCGCUCGGCGACGGCGAGAAGGUCGGCGCCGCGUUCUGCGGCGGAUUCAUCAGCGGCCUCGCCUGCGGGCCCUUUGAGCUGACGAUGAUCCAGCAGCAGCGGUUCGGCGGGAGCAUCGUCGGCACGCCCGCGCGGUUGAUAUCGACCUUCGGACUGGGGGGCAUGUCGCGCGGGCUCCUGAUGUCGUGCGGGCGCGAGGGCAUCUACACCGCCGGCGUGCUGGGGACGUGCCCCGUCUUCAUCGACAAGUUCAAGGCGCGGGGCUUCUCGACCAACCAGGCAAAGAUGGGCGGCGCGAUCUGCGCGGGCGUCAUGUCGGCCUCCCUCUCGCACCCGAUGGACACGGUGAAGUCCUGCCUGCAGGGGGACAUCGAACAGAAGACGUACACGUCGAACGCGGGGACCUUCAGGACGCUGUGGGCGGAGGGCGGCGCAUCGCGCUUCUUUUCCGGCUACCUCUUCCGCACGGGGCGCAUGAUCCUGGCGGUAGGCAUCAUGAACGAGUGCAAGCUCCGCCUCUCGCCGCUCCUCUUUCCGCACCACUUCGCGUAGAGCGCCACUACCGGGCGCGGUCGGAUGCCCGCGGUAUUAAAGAUUAGGAAGCUUCGAUUAAGGGGAGCCAGGCGCACUGGGGCUGAGCCUGAGGCCCUCUCGCCAGCCAACACGGUCCCGACACGGCCGGGGAGGGAUGCUGGUUGCCCUAGCUGGGGUGUCGCCCUUGGGAAGCCUGGUGAAGACCCUACUUAAGGAGCGCAUCAGUUGCGGACAUUGCUCGUGCCCGGGUCUUCAAGUUCUUUCCGUGGUGUAAAAACUAGCACGUGCUCCGUCGCGGGGGGCCGGCUCGGCGAGGGGGGUA